UUGCCUCUCACGGCUGCUUUCUGCCUUGGCUGGCUGGGGGGAGCCGGCCGGGACACGUCUGCCAGGGCUGGUGCUCGGGGGCUUCCAGGGGAGCGCAGGGCAGGGCCAGGGGACGAGGCCGGUGUGCUCGGGGCAGGGUGAGCACCAGCCAGUUGCACGGCUCCUGCUCGGGAAAUUCAUUUGGGAAGGUCCGCAGAGCUAGGAGCCAACAAAUCAUCUCAACACCUAAAUGAAGCACUAAAUCUGAUCUGUUGCUAUCUGUCAGAAACCUCACCAGGGAACACUCCUCAUAGAAAUGGCAGAAAAGGUGAAUAACUUCCCACCGUUACCCAAGUUUAUCCCUCUGAAACCAUGCUUCUACCAGAACUUUGCCGAUGAGAUUCCCAUCGAUUAUCAGUCUCUGGUGAAGAGAAUCUACCACGUAUGGAUCUUUUACUGCAUCACACUAGCGGUGAAUGUAAUUGCUUGCCUGGCGUGGUGGAUCGGAGGAGGCUACGGUGUCAAUUUUGGUUUGGCAAUCCUCUGGCUUAUCCUCUUCAGUCCCUGUGGCUACGUCUGCUGGUUCCGACCCGCGUACAAAGCCUUUCGGUCGGACAGCUCAUUUAAUUUUAUGGCCUUUUUUUUCGUCUUUGGCGCACAGUUUAUUCUCACAGUCCUGCAGGCGAUUGGUUUCUCCGGAUGGGGAGCUUGCGGGUGGUUGGCAGCCAUUACUUUCUUUAGCACCAAUGUUGCAGCUGCUGUGUUCAUGCUGUUUCCUGCCGUGAUGUUUACAAUGUCAGUGGUCGCAAUGCUCAUCUGCAUCUUAAGGGUACAUAAAAUCUACCGAGGGGGUGGUGGAAGCUUUCAGAAAGCUCAGGAUGAGUGGAACAGCGGCACGUGGAGGAACCCCCCCAGCAGGGAGGCCCAGUACAGCAAUUUUUCUGGGAACAGCCUGCCAGAGUAUCCCACAGUGCCCAACUAUCCCCCUGGAAACCAAUGGCCUUAAGCAGCAACAGCUGCAAACUGCCUGGAUUCUCUUCUUUUUGGUCCUUUUAUUAUUGUUAUUUGAAAAGAUCAUUUGCAUUCCCCCCCUAAGCACCCCAGUCAUCUUGGGGACUUUUUUUGGUUUUUGUCUCCUCAUCACCGCAGAAGAUACGUGCUGUCAGCCCUUGCCACCGCCAGAGCUCUGCACGACCUUAUCAGAGAGGGUUUUUUUUUGUUUGUGUUGAGUUACCAGUAUUUGCCUUGUUGCAGACUGAGGAACCAACCCUUCGCUGCCCUUGCUUGAGGGAAUCCUCUCAUGACCAUACGUGAAAAAGGCUUGACUUCCCCACAACGGUGAACAACACUACGACUGCUCCUUCUCCUGCCUCCCCGCUUAGUUUUCAUCACGUGCACGGUGCGCCGCCAAGUCAUCUCUAACAAACGCAAUCAGAGCAUUAGUAGCAACUGGUGUUUACUCUUCUGGAUGAAUAAUCUGGAAUUUUUUCCACUCUUAAGGGAAACGCAACACCUAAAUUAUUUGGUACUAGUGAUAUCGGGUACUUGUAAAAUCUACAACCUCGUUUGCUUGCGCUCUCUGGUGAAGAAUCUUUUAGAUAACGGUGCGUGCUGUGGGUGAGUGUUGUUUGGAUGUGAAGUCCACACGAGUCCACAUUUGCCUGGGUAGGACUAUUGUUAUGCUAGAAGUCUUGCUUUCCCUGCUGCCAAAAGUUUUUGCUGGAUCUGUGUGCUUCAAAGGUGCAGAUUCAUCUCAUUUAGUUAAUGAUUGCUCAUUAAGCCUGAUUCAAAGCCCACUGGAAACUGUGGAGAAGUUGGCUGACAUUGGGCUUUGGACCUGGCUACCUGGGUGAUGUUUACCAUGUUACAGCACGAGAUAUCCAUGCCAUCUAAAUUCCAUUUGUGUGGCAUCCAGAUUUUGUGCUGAGCCAAGAAAUGCCCUCCAGGGACACACCUUGCCCACUUGGGACACCCUUUUCUUUCGGGCUCCCAACCAGUAACCAGAUGCAAGAUAACUAUUGAUCUCAGUGCUGGGGCCUCAGUGUGGUUUGGGAGUGAUUCUAUUACGGUGAAUAGUUUUAGUUCUGCCUUCUACCAGUGUAGCUGAAAUCCAGACGUUUUGCAGCGUGGUCUGGUAGACCAAGGAAAGCUCGUUAGUCCUUGUAACUGUCGUUAGCUGCGCAGACCUGGUCUGCAGCUCUGUAGCACUUCCCUUCCAUGUACGAGGAGGAAGAGAUCGAUUCAUGCCUUUCUCCGAGAAUCAGCUGAGGAGAGGAUAAAGCUGUUGGGAGGGAUUGUUUUCCCUGAGAGCUGGCAUCCAUCUCAUCGUUCAUCUCCAUUCUGUGCAUGCACGUCAGGACUGCUGUAGCCUGAGCCAUCCAAUUCCCCUGUGUCCUACAGCGAUCCAGGCAGCAAAGGCUGCAGUUUUUUCUUCUCCCUCAACAGCCUGCUGUGAAUUUUUUUCAAACCUGUCAAAAACUGGGAGGUUAGUUCCCAAUAUUUUUAUAGGGAAUGAGUGUUCAAAGUCUUCAUCUCUGAAAGUUUUGGCCAAUGAUCCUGUGAAGGACAGAGUGCUCCCCUGCGGAGACUUGGGAGGUGUUGGGCACCCCGUGGCGGGUCAGGCCCAGAGCCUGCCUGGCUUGGCAGGUUGGCAGAUGGGAUGCCAGAGAUGUUACGGUGUAAGUGGAGUCACUCCAAAUACACACUGGGUAGCUGGAAAACAAAAUUGGCUCCUGGAAAAGGAUAGGGAGGUUGUCCUAGCUAGGUGGAACUGAUUUGCAAGUGAUCUUUUGAAAACCGUCUCUACAUGUGCCUUAUCUAAUAAAAUAAUAGUUCACGAAGGAGAACCCUUCCUUCACCAUCAUCCCUGCAGAACUUCCCAUUAGCUCUAUUAACUUUUUCUGUGUCAUACUGUAAAUACUAGGUGAAGUACAGCUUGGAGUCUGCAUGACACCUUUGUUACUAGGGCCAAAGCGAAAGCAAACAUGACUCAGAGGGCAGAGCCUCCCUGAAUUUCUGUUUACAAGCAACACUGAUGCCCUGCUGCAGAACCAGCCCUUUGCUGGGUCUGGGUUAUUUAACGUGCCCUGAGCACGAGGGGUUUUUUUCUUGCGAGUGUGCAAUGUGCUUGUAAGUAUGAACGCUUGAAGCCUUCUUAACAGAACACGACCUGAUCACGUUGUCAAGCUUUUAGGUGCCUUUGUCUUGUGUCAAGUGUAAUUUUAAAUGUUCUUUGUCGCUUGCCAUCAGAGUGAUAAAAGAACUGCUUGUUGAUUAACUCCCUGGAAAUACGACUGCACUACAGGGGAGUGAGGGGAGGUUAACAGUGCUGAACGUGAGCUUGGCCACGUGUGGAAGCCAGAACGUGGUGCACCCGUGUACCGCGCUCCCUCCAGCCCUGCCCCUUGCCAUCCUCAACCUCUUGCCAAAAUUGUUCAAAAGCAAUUGGUGUCUGUCCUUUUUUAGCAUGUCAGGGUUUCAAAGGAACCAAGAGGAGAAGCAUUGCUGGGGACUCUGUCCUGUUUCUCUUUGGGGUUUUUUUGUCCCUUGGAUAAUCUGGGGAGCUCUUUCGAAGCACCCACCUUCAGGCACGUUGAAAAUGCUUGAUGGAAGGUGAGGGGGUAUUUAGGAGCCCACCCCCCAGAAUGGUUGGAGCCAGGCACCAAAAUCACACCCUGUUAGCACGCACUGCCCGAGAUGCUACAGAGCUUAAAUGAACCUCUCUGGAUGGGAUCUGCCAUCACUCAUCCCCCCUCUAUCCAAUUCGAUGCCAGAAACCGUAAUUCCAGAAAGUUGACUCAACAUGCUGCCUGAACUAUUGUGGCUUAUUUUUUUGGACUCCUCUAUGUUUUUAAAUGUUUACAUUAGAUUUUUAAGACUUCUUAACACCAUUAACCUGGACCUAGCUCCUGGUUUUUGUUCGGCAUCACGUGGCGUGUAUGUGUGCGAUGUUUCAUGUCACUUGUGGAGCUCUGGUUUUUGUUUGUGUUUUUUCUCCUGAUCAUAAGACAAUAAAUGCUCAUCCUGUGCUUGAUGAGAAGAACUG